UCCCAAGAGCGGCUUUCCACCUAUGAUCGAAGUCUCUAGUAUAUAUUCCACUGGGAGAGUAGAACGGAUGGCACUCCCGGGCCUUUUUAGGGCGUUCCCAAUCUCUUCCCCUCCCUAUCCUCACCGGCCCUCUGCCGUCCCGGCGAUCCGCCGCCGCGUUCCCUUGGUCGGAGCGCUUUGGGUGCUGAGCCUCGGCACCGUCGCCGCGCUCGCUUACAGGACGGGGUGCGCUCAGUCCCACCGCCGCUUCUUCCCUUUCCUCCGGUCAAAAUUUGUUAAUCAACCCACUGCAAGAAAUCUUCACUCUACACAAAUGGAGGCUGCAUCUACCACAGUACCCGCUAUUGUUGUUUAUGUUACUGUUCCAAACAAAGAAGCAGGCAAGAAGCUUGCUGAGAGCAUCAUUAAGGAACAGCUUGCAGCGUGUGUGAAUCGAGUCCCAGGCAUUGAGUCUGUUUAUUGGUGGGAUGGUAAGGUUCAAACAGAUUCUGAGGAAUUACUCAUAAUCAAGACAAGAGAAUCCCUUCUGAACGCUUUGACAGACCAUGUUAAAGCCAACCAUGAAUAUGAGGUUCCUGAAGUGAUUGCUUUGCCCAUCAGUGGUGGCAACCUCAAGUACCUUGAAUGGAUCAAGAACAGUACUAGAGAAAAUUGAUCUGAGGUUGAGAGAUGCGAUGCAAAUCUGUGGAGAUCUUUUGAGUGCGCAGCAGUUGUAUUAAUGGAGACUGCAUGUUAGGACAUUGUAAACAAGUACACAUCUAGAUAACGGAGACUGCGUGUAAAUAUAUGCCCUAUCCCCCGUGUGUGUGUGGUGUGUGUGGGUUGUGUACUUCGCAGGGGAAGGAACCAUUUGUCCUUGAAUGAUCAACAGAUGCUCUCCCCUUGAGUACGCUUCCCAAGAUUCUCAACACAAAGCUUUAUUUAUCAAUAUGGUUGUCAUUUCAUUAUCA